AAUGGAAUACUCAGCAAGAAACGUUAAGAACUUCAAAAAUCAGAAGAAUAUAAAUCAAAUUAAAGACUCCAGAGUGAAAAAUAAGCUGUUUAAAAGGAUUAAACCUCUCUCUACAAAGCUCCCACUUGUUCAAAAACUGGAAAAUACUAUGAUUGAGGAUAGAUGACUUUCUCCCAGACCUCUCCAACAACGUCAGAUUCAGAGCCCAAAUCAGACAUUCACCAAGCACAGAAAGAAAUUGAGUAUUAAAGAGGCAAGCAGGCUUUUAGUAUACAUCACAAGAAAAUGAGAGCAAAAGGUCACUCAGCGAUAUAGAUUUUCAGGGGCCUCUCCUUUGAGAUCUAAGCAGGCCAAACUGAAAAUUAACAAUGGAGAUCUAUCCACUACAAGACCUGCACUCUCCCCAACUUGUGAAAGAAAUUUCAAACCUCUUCAAACUCUCAACUCAUUGUGCAAAAGAAAGUUAGCUCCUAGUGAAAGAGAAACUAACGAAGGAGAUCCAAGACUGAAAAUAUUCAAAAUUUAUACAGGUCUUAAUUGGGAGAAAUCAAGGAUAUCAAGAGAAAAUCAAGAGCGUAGAAGAACUUUGAUGAGCUUGUAGGAAGUUACAAAGAUAAGGAAUAUGUUGUUCUAAGAAGGUUAUUAGUCUAAAUGUUGAUUUAUAAAUACUCAGAUUGGUAAAGUUCGUGUUUCAAACCAAUAAUUGGACC